AUGCUGACGCCUUCGCUGGCGUCGCCCACGCCGGAUCCGGCGCCCGGCAGUAUCACGGACCUGCCCGUCGUCGGCCCCGUGCUCGACCUGCUCAACGACCCGCCGCCGAAGCUGCUGCGCACCACGAACCCGUCGCGGGAGUGCAAGAAGAUCAACCAGGGCGAGCUGAUGUGCUGCCGGGGCGCGGUGGCCGGUGAUCUGCAGCCGAUUGUCUGGCUCGCAUCCGUUUAUGGCUAUUACUUGAAUCCUAAUGAUGUGAACGGCCUAAACUGCGACAACAACCUCGACGCCUGCCCUGGUAUCAAGAUGUGCUGCCAGACUACGACUCUGGCACCUCUUGUGGCAUUGUGGUGUCAAGAUUACCCGUAG